UUUUUCGCUCAGUUAAUCUCUCCGAACCAAGAGGCUCGGCGCACUCAAAAAGCUCAGGUUCCGUUUCGUGCAUUUGAGGCGCUGCGAUUGAUCAGAUAAAAACUCGUUCCGCUUUUACAUUACCCAUAUAUCCCAAGCAAGCAAAUAAAGACGACACCACUACACUGAGGAGCUGUUACAUAUUCCACAGAGAGAGAGAGAGAGAGAGAGAGAGAGAGAAGUGUUUGCUGAAACGAGCGUUUGGAUCGGAAAAAGCUCUGAGAGAGGGAUGGCGGAUCACGGGGACUCGGUGAUGGAGAAGAUAACAGAGAAGUUUCACGAGGAAGAUUCCUCGUCGUCGUCAGAUUCCGAUGACGGGAAGAAAACGUCGUCGUUCAAAUCGGAUAAGUUCAGGUUGUUCGGCCGAGAAACGCCCCUUCACAAGGUCCUCGGCGGUGGCAAACCUGCUGAUGUGUUUCUUUGGAGGGACAAGAAGAUAUCUGCUGGAGUUCUUGGUGGGGCCACUGCUAUCUGGGUUCUGUUUGACGUGCUUGAGUACCAUUUCCUUACAUUAGUUUGCCAUGCAUUGAUACUCGGUCUGGCUAUGUUGUUCUUGUGGUCUAAUGCUAGCACCUUCAUCAACAAAUCUCCUCCUCGCAUUCCAGAAGUUCACAUUCCUGAGGAGCCAGUUCUGGAGUUCGCCUCUGCCCUCAGGAUUGAAAUAAAUCGGGCUUUUGGUAUUCUAAGGGAAACUGCUUCAGGAAAAGAUCUCAAAAUGUUUCUCUCCGUGAUAGCUGGCUUGUGGUUCUUGUCAAUUGUGGGGAGCUGCUGCAGCUUCUUGACUUUGUUUUACAUAGCAUUUUUUCUGCUCCACACUGUGCCUGUGCUGUACGAGAAAUAUGAGGAUCAGGUGGAUGCUUUUUCAGAGAAGGCUACGAUGGAGAUCAAAAAACAGUAUGCAGUCUUUGAUGAGAAGGUUUUGAGUAAGAUCCCAAGAGGACGAUUUAAGGACAAGAAGCAGGCUUAAGAGCUUAGGAUGGUCCCAGGUAGGCCAUUGCUAGGUUUCAAGAUAUAUUUGGUAGCCGUUUUGUCAAGGUGUUGUGAGUUGUUCAUCUAUUGUUGGAUAGAACCCUGUUUUUAAUGUGUCCUUUUAGGUUUUUGGGUUCACAUCUUUCUUUCUUUUUUUAUCUGGGUUCACAGUAUCGAAGAACCUGGUAGUUCUAUACUCGUUUCUGCUGGUUUCCCGCUUUGUGUGAUCUGUCAAUGAAAGGUGAUCAAGUUAUUUAGUAAA